AGCUGUGUUUGGUGUGGUAUUUUUAAACGCAUCAAUGCUGCUCCAAUCCCCGCGCCUCUCCUGACCUAUUUUUAGCCAGGGCUGGCUAUUGUUCUAUUUCUGUCACCUGUGGGCCACGCAGUUGUUGAUUCACAUGCAAAUGAGGCUCCCUCCCUCCCCAGCUUGCAUCGCUUGCCUGUGUGAGGUGCUCAGUCCGCAGUACGCACGACUUUUGGCAAGUAACUCCGCUUAACAUUUGCAGGCUCUCCUCCGACACAGUUACUGAGAAGAGAAGGCAGGCAUAGGCAGGGAGCUUGACACGGCGUUAGUGUUUGGGUGCCGGCUGAAGGCAAAGCGCCCAGCAGAGAGUGUGCACGCUUUGCAGUGAGAGCGCUUGCCUCAGAGGAGGAGGCGGAGGCAGGCUGUUGUGGCGCUCGCUCCCCCCGGGUGGCCGAAGGGGUGGCUCUCUUGGUGACGGCGUGCGAUGAGACCUGAGUGCUAAGUGGAGUAUGCUGCAGACGAUUUACGAGGGCGAGUCAAGUUUCUCCACAACAGACGGCCACGUUGGAGCCCGGCCGCUCCCCAACCACAGCAGGAUGCACAACGUGAAUAGCUCAGUGGAGAUUAAAUCAGACGUACCACUGGUUGUGGAACCCGUAUCUCCGUUAGACCUGCGCACAGAUCUGAGGAUGCUGGGGCCAGGCUCGGACCCGGGACUAUGGGAGAGGCAGCUGCAGCAGGAGCUACUGCUCAUCCAAAAGCAGCAGCAGAUCCAAAAGCAGCUGCUCAUCAGUGAGUUCCAGAAGCAGCAUGAGAAGUUGACCCGUCAGCAUCAGGCUCAGCUCCAGGAGCACCUCAAGCUCCAACAGGAGCUCCACGUGAUGAAACAGCAGCAGGAACUUGCAGAGAAGGAACUCCGUCUGGAGCAGCUACAGCAGCAAAACCAGCAGCACCAACACAACCAGCAGGAGAAAGAGCAGGAGAGGCACCGGCGAGAGCUGCACAUUUCCAGCUUGAGUCUAAGGGCAAAAGAGCGCUCCAGAGAGAGUGCAGUGGCCAGUACAGAGGUGAAACAGAAACUCCAAGAGUUUCUGUUGAGCAAAUCAGCAAAGGACCCUGCCAGUAAUGGAGGCACUCAUUCAUUCAUCCACCACCCCAAGCUCUGGUACAGGUCCUCCCAUCAUACCUCUCUGGACCAAAGCUCUCCACCUCUGGGCGGCAUGUCCCCGACAUGUCAUUACACGCUGCCGUCACCCGCUGAUGGCAAGGAUGACUUCCCCUUGAGGAAAACAGCUUCCGAGCCCAAUCUGAAGGUGCGUUCCAGACUGAAACAGAAAGUAGCUGAGAGGCGGAGCAGCCCCAUGCUCAAGAGAAAAGAUGGCAACCUCAUGACACCUUACAAGAAGAGGGCACUGGAGCUAAUGGACUCUACGCCCACAAAAAGUGCCCCUGGCUCGGGCCCCAGCUCUCCCAUCGGGGCGUCCAGUGCCUUGGGAGCAGAAAAUGGACCUUCCUCUUUGCCUACCACCACAAAAACGGAGCGAUGGCCUUCACAGCCAAGGUUAUUCCGACCAGAGAGCUCCGUGUCCGUGUUGAGUUUGUACACAUCUCCAUCCCUCCCCAAUAUCUCCUUUGGCCUUCCGACUGCGUCUUCACCUAUGAGCGCGGCUGUAGGCCUGAAGGACAGAUCAUUGGAGAGCAAGCAUGGACUGCCAGGGCAUCUCCUGGGUCCUGUUCCUCUUCAGAAUUGUCUGGACUCCAAAGUGAGCCCCAGUCACCAGGCUCUGCUCCAACACCUCCUCCAGAAGGAACAGAUGAGACAGCAGAAGAUGCUUUCCACCGGUGCAGGCUCCUUGCCAUCCCACCCUCCAUCCCCUCUGGCCAUGAAGGAUCGCACGUCCACCAGUCGGCCAAAACUACCCAAACAUCGGCCCUUGAACAGAACCCAGUCAGCACCACUGCCCCAGAACACGCUGGCACAACUUGUCAUCCAGCAGCAACACCAGCACUUCCUGGAGAAACAGAAACAAUACCAACAGCAGGUCCAUAUAAAUAAGCUGCUGUCCAAGUCCAUUGAGCAGUUACGUCAGCCUAGCACGCACCUGCAGGAGUCCGAGGAGGAGCAGGACGAGCUUCCGCACCAAGAGCUGCCGGAGCGCAUGCAGGAGGACAGGCUGCCCCCCGGAGGAGUCAUCCGGAAGCACACGCUGGGCAGCUGCAGCAGCGGCAGCAGCAGCGGCGGCUCCAGCGUGGAGCUCCCUGACACACACUACGGGGUCAUCAAGGUGAAGGAGGAACCCCCGGAUAGCGAGGACGAGGGCUUGGAGGUGGCGAGGAGCACCUAUCUUCACCAGGUCAAAGGGAGGCUGGUGAUACGAGCCAUGAUCUGAGGAUUACGGGGAGCACGUCGUACACUCCAACAUUCGCAGAAAAACAAACAGCACAUCCAUGUCGUGUACACUCACAUGUACACACAUACAUUCACAUACACACAUAUACACGAACACACACGGCGGCACUGUAGGCCCUUCCUGGUCGCAGCAGCAAAAGAGCCCUUUUCUACUCAUUUUCUGCCUGUGCAUCACUCCCUUUGAGACGCUAUCCGUGUUCCUCAUGUCGUAAAUAUGUAGGCUACAUUGUUGUGUACAUAAUACGAAGACAUACGAGCUGCUUAUGGUCGUUUGGAGUCUGCUUGGCUGACACAAGAUGAUGUACAUGCCCAAUGUACAUGUACUGUGGAUUUAGCAUCAUAGUCUUCAGCAUCUCUAAGGGACUGGUUAAGCAGGUGCACGGUGCGGAUGAGCCAACUCGCGCUCCCACCAUGCACAUUGUCACCACUAAAUGCUCCCCUAGCACUGAAUAUUAUCAUGAAUCUUUGCAGUGUGUUUAAGGGAUGAGGGGGGCGGGGGGAACCUGUACCUACUCUAUUAUUCUGGAAAAUCUACAUUGAUAUUCCCUCUUAAAAGUUGAACAUCUGUCUGAGCCAGAAUGUACUUUUUUACAUGCUGACACGAAACGAAUCCCCCAUGUUGACUGAUGUCGACGGAAUACGGUCCACUGCUCGGAUUGCAGUUUUUAGGAUAAAGCACUAAAACCCCCACCACCCCCAACUCGGGUGUACAUGCAUCACCCAACACUCUCUCUAGCAUUCUGUCUCCGUCUAGUCCCAGUGUUAGCUGAGCUCUACUCCCUGCGGGUCCAAAUCAAAAAGCUCCUGCCCAGCUUUCAGCAAAGGAGUAAGAGCGAGCGAGAGGGCCGGGCAGGAAAUGCCUUUUAGAAGCCAGGAGUUGGAGUGAUUCAUGUGUGCAGGAAUGUUUGCGAGAGAGGAGGGCCUUGGCUUGGACUAAGCAAGGAGUCGAAGGGGCCAGGCUUCACAAUUGAUUUACUGUCAAGGCGAAUUACAAAGUGAGUGGGGAUACGGUCAAGGGAGUCUUAUAUAUGUGAGAUGGCUUCCUCUCUUUUCCCCAGUGACAUGCUUACCUCAACAUGCAGGUUUGAUGUAACGCAUAAAGAAAACAAAAAAACCCAAGAUGGGACCUUGAUUUAUUUAUUUAUUUUCUCUCUCUCAUUUGAUCCCAUUUCCCAUGAAAGUGCCCAUUGCCACAUGUAUAGUCUGACUUAAAAGUGAUGAGUCUGAUGUAUUGGAUAGCUGUCAACCGUCCCGUUCCAUUUGUACCGUCGACGACAUGUAAAACUGCUGGUGAGAGUCUGUCUUUGGAUCCACGUGAGCUGUCUGUCUUAUGAACUGUACAUGUCACCUUGUCCAGUUUUUAUCGUGCUAGGUUAAGUAAAUACCAUCAGAACAACGUGAGUCCUGUUCUCUUGCCUCUUUGAUUUAACUGUGAUGAGGAGAGAAUUGGGUGUGCAAUGUCAAAAGGGGGUAGGGGUAUGCUUUUUCCUUUUUGUUGUUGUUCUUUUGCAUUUGGUCUUUUUCUCUUUCGCCUUGUGUGACACCUUUUUUUUAAAUAAACAACUAAAAGUAACUUAC